AUGAUUCGAACACCUAUUAAGACACGAAGUCUUGCUCGCGCAGAGCGCGAUGCAAAAACGGAGGUUAACAGAGUGUCUAAGUCUUCGCCCUCGCACUCCAUGACUAUUCGACCUGCGGACACGACGUUCGUCGCCGGUAGCAGCCAUAUGGAACCCUCGCCGCACAGAGAUGUGCCGCACCCGCUACCAGCGCACAGUAUGGUAUCAAAGUCGUCGUCUGCCCUAAGGAAAAGGUUAGAAUACGAGCGCGCUAUUGAACUGGCAAAGAUAGACAAGCAUUUGUUAGACCUGAAGUAUGAGGCUGAACUAGCCGACCUGAAGUCAGAAAAAUACAGUUCACACCAGAGUGUUAUAACCUCACGUCACAGCUCCCACAUUAGUAACGCUAGCAAGAGCACACGUCAAAAUGUCGAAGACUGGAUAGAGCGAAGCUCGCGAGAACUUGAUCCGUUGCAGCGCGCCCCCGAGGAUGUUGAUAACCCGCGCGACUGCGACCAGCCGGCAGCUCCCGACGCCGACUCGAACGGUACGAUCAAAUUGCUUGCAACUGCAGUUAAAAAUUUGACACUCGCUUCCACUAAAGAUAAGUCACACGACAACAUUUUGAGCCGCAUGUGUAUGCCGCGAGAUUUACCCAAAUAUUCCGGCGAUCCGCUCGAAUGGUUACAAUUUAAACAAGCGUUUGAGGAGUCUACUGAAGUAUGUAAAUUUACCCCGAAGGAAAACUUAUGGCGAUUACGUAAGUGUUUACAUGGACAAGCUAAAGAAACCGUGUCAGCCCUGCUUAUGUCCGCCGCCUCGCCUGAUCGCAUCAUGGCGACACUUGAACUUCGUCACGGCGACCCCGAAUGUAUAAUAAGCAGACUUAUUCACGACAUUAAGAAGCUUCAGCCCAUGUCCCAAGAGUACCAGAAAGACAUUGUCAAUUUUUCUGUCAAAGUUCAAAACUUUGUCGAGUCUGUGAAGGCAGUGGGGCGCGAGGAGUAUGUACAAGGUCUCAGUAUUGUACCACUGCUAAUUUCAAAGAUACCACCAGUCCUUGUCUCUAAGUGGUCUGACUACAGCUUCCCAUUGAUUAAGGAGGGAGGAAAGUCACGAUUGUCUAUUAUGUCCGAUUUUCUGAACACCGAAGCUGUCAAGAUCGCUACGACUGCUAACGUCAAUCUACAAAAUUAUCGCCCUGAGCAAAAUAAACAAAAGCAACACGAUACUAUUACGAAAGUUGCACCAAAAGCGCAAGCAAUACUGUUGCAAACUGACCAACGUGACAACACAGAGAAGAACGAUAAGUGCUCAUUUUGCCGCACUCAAUAUCAUAAGUUGCCUGAUUGCAAGAAGUUUAAACGCGCCUUACGUAAAGACAGAUGGCGCCACGUUAAGAAGUAUGGACUUUGCUACAAAUGCAUAUCGCAACGUCACGAUCGUGAGACUUGUUCUGCCCCUAUGUGCGACAAGGAUAAUUGCGGAGAUGCACAUCACAGUCUACUGCACUACGAAUAUAUCGGCAAAGACGGCGAUACUUCAACUUCUCGCCCCGUCGAUGUAAAUGUCAGCGCCUUGCCGCAGCCCGAGUCAAACAUAGUCACAGAGCCUACAACAUCGAGUUCUACGUCAUCGCCUGUAACUGAAGCUGCGACAUGCUCUAUAGAUACUGAAAAGCAUGUACUAUUGAAAGUAGUUCCUGUCAACAUUCACGGGCCGAACGGCGUGUUUAGUACGACUGCAUUUUUGGACGACGGGUCUACAGUUUCAUUACUCAGCGUGGAGCUGGCGGCGCGCGCCGGCCUCUCCGGCCACAACGAGACCAUGCGCGUGUGCGGCGCCUGGAAGGACGACGAACUCGUACGCGAAGCAACUGUUGUCAAUUUACGUAUUUCUUGUAUUAAUGGUAGUACGCAUAAUUUAAAUGUACGUAGCGUUGAUCAAUUAGGUAUACCUGUACAAAAUGUCAAAUUAGUAGAUUGCGACCAGUAUGAACAUUUGAAAAAAUUGAAAAAUCAGCUUCCUUAUGCUAAGAUUUCUAAGCCUGAGUUGUUAAUAGGUCAGGACAAUUAUAAUUUACUUGUGCCUUUAGAAUUAUGUUUAGGGCAGGAUGAUGAGCCGUCAGCAACACGUACUCCCUUAGGUUGGUGUAUACACGGGCCGGUACACGUGCCACGCGCGCCGCGGGCUGCACGCCCCGCGCACUCGGCGCACGCUACGCUCCACUUGUGCGUGGUGUCUGAGGAAGACGCCGUCGCGCACGCCCUGCGUGAGCUACACGACGAGGUACGCCGCUCGUUUGCGAUCGACUCUUUGGGUGUUGCAGGUAAGCCUAGAGAGAAUGUUGACGAUGUGAAAGCGCAGGAAAUGUUAGACAAGUCUGCAGUGCUCAUCAAUGGCAGGUGGUCAGUGGGUCUACCAUGGAAGGAUCCGCACGUCAGCUUGCCCGAUAGUUACCCUAGCGCCAUUAAGCGGUUACAGGGUGUAGAAAAAAAGAUGCGAGCUGACAAAGCUUAUGGACUCAGGUACGAGGAACGUGUCAACCAUUUGUUUGAAAACGAUUUCGCUCGCGAAAUGGCCGACACGUCAUUCACGCCCAAUACGUGGUAUUUACCACAUUUUGGAGUCGACAAUCCUAACAAGAAAAAGCUGCGUUUGGUUUAUGACGCAGCAGCUAAAAGUCAAGGAAAGUCCCUCAAUGAUUUUCUUCUAACGGGACCGGACUUACUCGCUUCCUUGUUCGGCAUUAUGGUUCGUUUUCGAGAGGAUAGGGUAGCAGUAACCGGUGACAUAAAAGAUAUGUUUUUGAGAAUAAAAACCAAUCCUGUAGAUCAAAACGCCCUCAGAUUCCUGUGGAGAGGUAGGAACCCCACAGGUCCAGUGAAGACAUACGCGAUGACGUCGCUGAUUUUCGGCGCGAACUGCUCUCCAUUCAUUGCGCAGUACAUAAAGAACAAGAACGCUAGCAGGUUCGAGUCUACGCUUCCAGCUGCCGUCGCUGCUAUACACCACCAGCACUACAUGGAUGACUAUAUCGAUAGUCUGCCGGACGAAGCUUCCGCCAUCGAGAUGGUAAAGAAUAUUCGAGAUAUUCACAGCGCCGGAGGUUUCGAAAUCCGCAACUGGACGUGUAAUAGCGCAGCCGUGCUCGACACUAUACCUAAGGAUGUUUUAGGUGAUACAGCUGUGAAGUUAGGACAGGACGAACAUGACGAUGGUGAGCGGACUCUUGGUCUGAUAUGGUACCCUGCUAAGGAUGAACUAGGGUUCGAUGUGUCAUUCAAGCGCAUUCCUGAUAGCGUCAUCAAAGGCGAACAAAGACCUACCAAGAGGGUUAUGCUACGUGUCAUUAUGUCAAUCUUUGACAUUUUCGGGUUUUUGUCACCUUUCACUACACAGGGUAAAGUUAUGCUGCAGGACACCUGGCGUCUCCAUAUCGACUGGGACGAUGUUAUUCCAGACGAAUUAUAUAAAAAAUGGUGCAGUUGGUUGGAAUUACUGAAACUUAUUGGAGAAAUUCGUCUGCCAAGAUGGUACCAGUCGUGCGCUGUCAAGUGCAAGAUGGGAGAAGAAUUGACAGCAACUCUACCAGGCUCUUCUGUUCAUGCCGCGACUCAGCAAAGCUACAACGACUUAGAGCUACAUCUAUUUAGUGAUGCCUCACUUAAGGCUAUGUCAGCUGUCGCAUACUGGCGUUGGAAGAGUAACAACCAAAUAUUUGUCUCGUUUGUUGCCAGCAAAAGCCGCGUUUCGUCGGUGAAACCUCAAACUGUGCCACGAUUGGAACUCCAAGCUGCGUUGUUAGCAGCUCGACUUGCUGACUCGCUAGCGAAAGCACAUCGUUUGAACAUCACUCGGCGGCACUUCUGGUGUGAUUCAAGUACCGUGCUACACUGGAUAGGCAACAACACUCGUCGAUACAAAACAUUUGAAGCUAACAGACUUGGCGAGAUCGACGAACUGUCAAAACCCUCUGAGUGGAGAUAUGUACCCACAGGACUGAACGUGGCAGACAUUGCCACAAGAGAAACGUUCAAUUAUCAGUCUUUUCUCAACGAGUGGUUCAAGGGACCUGAGUUUUUGUACAGCGAUGAGACUUUCUGGCCAGCGAAUGUCCUGGAACCUGAAAAUGAAGUCACUGCUCAAGCUUGUAUGACCAUAGUACAAAACUCACGUACAUGUUUCCCGGUUCCUGACCCUGAGCGCUUCCCCUCGUUUCUGCGAUUUCUGAGAACUACUGCUUGUGUUCUAAAGUUUAUUCACAAAUGCAGAGGAAUUGCCCUUGAUGACUACGCCCUGAUGCAGAAGGCAAAACAACUAAUCUUUCGGCAGGCUCAAGAAGAUUCCUUCGCUAGUGAAAUACAAGCAGUCAAGGCGGAAAAAGAGUUGUCACGCGAUAGUCGACUGAGAAAUCUAUCUCCCUACUUGGACGAGAACAAUGUCUUACGCGUAAGCGGCCGCAUAGAUGCUGUUUGCGACGUAUCCCUGGAAGCUAAAAGACCCAUUAUUCUUGACGGGCGACAUCCUACUACUCGGCUCUUGGUCAAGCACUAUCAUGUGAAGGCUGCACACGGACACCAAGAAGCGGUAGUGAAUGAUCUAAAACAAGAAUACUGGAUAAUCCAGCUUCGACCUACCGUGAAAAAUGUUGCGUCUCGUUGCAUGCUCUGCAGGUUAAGAAAGGCUACCCCUCAGGUGCCUCGGAUGGAACGAGCGCCUCGAGACGAGACUCUGAACACCCUGCUAGCGGAAGUGGAAGGGAUAGUCAACGGUCGACCAUUGACACACGUGUCGGUAGAACCGGGAUCAUCUGAAUCGCUAACGCCCAACCAUUUCCUUAUUGGUUCUUCAUCCAGAUUGCCAGUUCAUGGCGUAUUUGACGAUUCGGACUUAGCUUUAAGAAAGCAAUGGCGAAUAGCGCAGCGAUUGGCCGACAUGUACUGGAAACGCUGGAUGAAGGAGUUCCUCCCACUUUUAAUACCGAGAAAGAAGUGGCAACAGGAGCAGAAGUCACUGAGUGUCGGUGACCUUGUGCUCGUCGUUGACCCUGAUUCCCCUCGAAACGUUUGGCCACGGGGCCUCAUAAAGAGUGUCCUGCCUGGAAAAGAUGGUCGCAUCAGAGUAGUCGAUGUCAGCACCGCUACUGGUGUACUGCGCCGGUCGGUGGCGCGCGUGGCUCCUGUACCAUUAGUUGAUUAG